GUACUAUCGAUGUUAAUAAAUAAUCCAAGAAACGACGGCGACUCGUUUAUUAUCGUCAAACCAUCUGGAAAAGGUCCGCUUAUAUAGUGUGUGCGCGCGUAGAGAGAUUGCGUGUGUGUGAUGGGGGAAGAAGACGAUCCGCAGAAUUUGAAGAAGAUAGCGGCGGCGGCGUACGACUACGACAAGGACCCAAGAUGGGCGGAUUACUGGUCCAACGUACUGAUCCCUCCUCAGUUGGCCUCUCGUUCUGGUGUCAUCGAUCACUUCAAGCGCAAGUUCUACCAGCGUUACAUCGAUCCAGAUCUUGUUGUCGAACCGAUGUCUUCAAGCAGUUCCUCUCCACCAGCUAGAUCUUCAGCACCACCAUCAUCAUCAACUACAGAUGACCAAACACGAUUACGUAACUCAGGAUCAACUACUAGAACCUCAGGAACGUCGACAAGUCCAGCUCCAAAUCCAACAUCUCUACACUGGGAUCAACAAACAAUACAAUUUUCCAUCAAUGCUUGGGUAUUUGUUGUGGCUCUGCUUGCAAUUUUUCCUCUUGUACCUAGAAAUCUUUCAAAUAGGGCAUAUCGGCUUUCCUUUAUGGGCACUGCAUGUUCUUCUCUGUUCUCUUUGUACUCUCUAUAUGGGAAACCUAGGGCAUGGAAUAUGCAGGCUGUGCAAGUGUGGUUUCAUUCUGUCAUUUCAACCAAGGAUUUUAUUUACCUCAUUUACUGCCUUACUUUUGUCACUUCACAUUUUUGCCUCAAAUUUGCUUUAAUCACCAUUUUAUGCCGAACUCUUGAACAUGUUGCCAAGUUCCUUAGGCGUAAUUUUAGUCGUUCCUCCUUGUACACGAAGUACUUGGAAGAACCAUGUGUUUGGGUAGAGUCUAACACAACCACGCUCAGUAUCCUAUCUUCACAAGCUGAGAUAGGACUUGGACUUCUUCUUAUUAUUUCCCUGUUCACGUGGCAGCGGAACAUAAUACAGACUUUCAUGUACUGGCAGCUAUUAAAGCUCAUGUUUCAUGGCCCAGCGACUGCUGGUUACCAUCGAAGCGUGUGGGCUAAGAUUGGGAGGACAAUUAAUCCACUGCUCCACCGUUAUGUCCCAUUCUUGAACACUCCAAUUUCAGCCAUUCAGAGAUGGUGGUUAAGGUGAAAACGCAGAGGAUGAAGAGGGAGAACAUGCACGUGAUGGACCAAUGCAGCAUUUCGUUUUGAUUCUGGGAUCUUAUUUGAAACAAGAUACUAGUUUCAGAUAUAUGACCAAGCAAUCAUCUUGAUUAGAAUUGUUUGACUAAAUUUCUGCUAAUAAUCUCGAGAAUCCUCCUCCACCUACCAUUUUUACACACAAUGGGUUCGGUCAAUGAGGUUUCUUUACCAGUUGGUCUUUCAGAUUGCAUUUAUUUUUACAGUACUUGGUUUAUAUGAAAGCAUAGAGUGGGGAAAGAUGAUUGCAAUAUGUGGAUAUUGAUGUAUGAAUUUGAAAACAUUGGACGAUCUUACAGGUCUGGAUUGUAAUCACACUAAUAUUUUCUCUUAGCUUUUGUUUUUUUAAUUAUUUGGUUCAUUUUCCAUCA